GAGACACUGGGCGGAGUUCAGUGUUUCUGCGCAUGUGCGGAUGUAAGAUUUUGUAAAGUAAAGUUUACUCCCCGUGGUUCGACACAGCUGACUGUCUGAGGAGACAAACAACAAGUAAAAUCCACCCAGAUGGCCUCCACAUUGUGGGAUCGUUUCCCAAUGUUGGUGGCCAAUGAUACUACACAUGCGAACGACAGCAACUGUUUCAGUUCCACACAGAGCACUGUACUGAAGGGUGUCAAUUUCGGUGGAGUGCCCAUAGUUUUGCUUCUUGACUUCAUAGUCUUCCUGGUGCUGCUGUUGAUUUUCAAUCUGAUCCGAAGGAAACUCUGGGAUUAUGGGAGACUUGCGCUUGUUGCAGAGACUGAAGGACUCAGCACAGGCAGAAACCGACUCUACAGCAGAAUGAUGUCACAGAUGAGCACAGAUGAGCCGGAGUACGAGAGGGGUUGUUGUUCAUGGCUCUCCUUCAUCUUCAGAAUGGAUGAAACUAUGAUCAAGGAGAGAUGUGGUGUGGAUGCACUACAUUAUCUGUCAUUUCAGAGGCACCUGAUAUUUCUGCUGUGUGUCAUCUGUGUACUGUCUGUAGCCAUCAUCCUCCCAGUCAAUCUGAGUGGUGAACUGCUGGGCAAUAAUCCGUACAGUUUUGGGAGAACCACCAUUGCGAAUCUUCAGAAGGGUGAUAAUCUGCUUUGGCUACACACAGUGUUUGCUGUUUUGUAUCUCAUACUCACUGUGGCAGUCCUGAAAAGCCAUACAUCUAAAAUGAAAGGGAAAAAAAAAGAAAUUGCUAGAAAUACUCUGUUUGUGAGAUCUGUUCCCCCCGAAGCCAGUGAUGAGAGUAUAAAAACUCACUUUAUGGAGGCGUACCCUACCUGUCAAGUGACUAAUGUUAACUUGUGCUAUGAUGUUGCCAAGCUGAUCGAACUGGCCAGAAAUAGAAAGCAUGCAGAAAAAAACCUGCACCAUUACAAUAAGAUCCUGGAGCGCUACGGGCGGCGUGAGGUCAUCAACCCGCGACCCUGCAGCCACCUGUGCUGCUGUUGCCAUUGUCAGGGUUGUGAAGAUGUUGAUGCUAUAGAUUACUACAGCUCACAGGAAGCAGCUCUGGUGGAGGAGAUCAAUAGACUCAAACAAAAUGAACAGCUGUCUUCUCUGGGCAUGGCCUUUGUUUCCCUACAGACUGAAUAUAUGGCCUCUUAUAUUCUAAAAGAUUUUAAUGCGCUGGAUUGUGGAGGUGGGACUGGGGGUGUGGUUGGAGAAGAAAUGGGUGGAGUAACUACAUGUGGGUGUGGCCGGGAGCCUCAGCCAUCCUCUAAGAGCACAGAGCUGAGGGUGCGAAGAUGGAAAGUGAGAUACGCCCCUCAUCUAUACAACAUCUACUGGGAGAAUUUGUCCAUACGAGGUUGGAAAUGGUGGAUGCGUUGCCUGCUGCUAAAUAGCUUUCUCUUCCUCCUCCUCUUCUUCCUCACGACUCCCUCCAUCAUUAUCAGCACCAUGGACAAGUUUAACGUUACCAAGCCCAUUGCCUCUCUGAAUAAUGCCGUUAUCAGCCAGUUCUUCCCAACCCUUCUUCUGUGGACCUUCUCUUCCCUGUUGCCUACGAUAGUUUAUUACUCUACUUUAUGGGAAGCCCACUGGACCAGAUCCAGUGAGAACAUGAGCAUGAUGUACAAACUUUACACCUUUUUGAUCUUCAUGGUGUUGAUUUUGCCAUCACUCGGUCUUACCAGUCUGGACGUGCUUUUUCGCUCGGUUUUUGACCCAAAGGGGAGUUUAAGGUUGGAGUGUGUGUUUUUACCCGAUCAGGGGUCUUUCUUUGUAAAUUACGUGAUUGCCGCAGCGUUGGUGGGCUCUGGGAUGGAGCUGCUGCGUUUGCCAGCAUUACUGCUAUACGUUGUGCGCCUGGCACUUGCGAAUUCGGCUGCCGAGAGGAAAUACGUUAAACAGCAUCAGGCUUACGAGUUUCAGUACGGAGCCGUGUACGGGUGGAUGCUGUGUGUGUUCACUGUCAUCAUGGCCUACAGCAUCACUUGUCCUGUCAUCGUGCCCUUUGGUUUGCUGUAUCUUUUACUCAAACACGCGGUGGACAAACACAACCUAUACUUUGCUUACUUGCCGGCCUGCCUUGACCGGAAAGUUCAUCUGGGAGCUGUCAAUCAAGCGCUGGCUGCACCAAUCAUAUGCUUGUUCUGGCUUUACUUCUUCUCUGUGCUCCGGCAAGGGUUCAUGGCAGUCACGUCUUUGUUUACAUUAGUGGUUUUGAGCUUGACCAUCUUUAUAUGUAUAAGUUACACUUGCUUUGGACACUUCAAAUAUCUCAGCCCUCACAACUACAAUGUUAAGGAGGAAGAUGAAGAUGCUACAGAGAGCUCAUCUUCAUCGGUUUAUCUACCCAAAGUCCUAAACCCAGACUCAUCGUCACAUGCUCCCGAAAGGUGCAGCACACACCAGUCAUACGGGACGACAGAUGUAAACCCGUCCAUCCUCAGCACUGAGGAAGACUCUCCUAACUUGAAUACCUAAUGACAUCACAAACACAACCAAUCAGAGGCCAUCAAUCCACACCUUCCAACCUCCACAACUGCUCUCCUACCUCAAGAAAAUGGCCAAAAAGUUGGAACGUGCCGUUUUUUGCUAGUUGUGGGAAAUUAGG